AUGGUAGCCUUCUUUGGAAAGGGAAUGAGAAGGCUCGUCAUUCUGGUAGCUCUCUCUCUCGCUGUCUUCGUUAUCCAUCGACUCAGCUACGCGGACGAUUUUGCCCUCGCCGAGCGGUUGUCCGAGUCUAUAAGGAUAAUCGCUGCAUGCACUGCUGAUGCCUUCGAACCUCUCGAUAACUUUACCCUUAUACUCGACCCUGGAAUACCCAACACUGUCCACCAAAUAUGGAAAACAACCGAACUCCAAGCGUAUUCUACGGAAAUGGAACCGUCACAUGAGUCAUGGAAGACUAUGCUGGAGCCCCAAAAUUACACCAUCAAGCUCUGGACUGACGACGACGUCCUCAAACUCAUCAAGUCCAAAUACGCCUGGCUACUGCCGACAUACAUGGAGUAUCCUCACAAUAUCCAACGUGCCGACAUUGCUAGACUGCUUGUUGUCCAUACUGAAGGCGGCAUCUACGCGGACCUAGACGUGUACCCCAGGUCCGCCGAGCACAUACAAUGCCUCCAACAUCUCGGCUUGCAAGCAAUAUUCUCCCCAACGGCAGGUACCCUCGGCCUAAGUAAUCACUUCUUUAUGGCUGAGCGUGGGUCUCCGCUUCUCCAGUGGGUUCUUUACGAGGCGAAGCGGCGGGGAGGUGGGCUGACGCCGCGAUGGAUGGUUUUGCCGUACCUGCAGGUCUUUUGGUCUACGGGUCCGAUCAUGUUGACGGCGGCGUUUAAAAAGUACUCCUGGAUAUACGGCACACUAAGGGAUUUCAUAGGGCUUCUAGACGAAGGGUAUAGCGGUGCGGUGAUACGGCAUGCUGCUGGGCGAUCUUGGCAUGGCGUGGACGGGCAGGCGUUGAAUUAUAUCGCGGAUCAUUCGCAGAUGGGUGCACAAUUCAAGGGUUUUGCAUAUAUCGAUGAGGUCUAG